AUGUCAGGCUCAACGUCACGAACACCCAGUGCCACCCACACCCGGCUGUCGACCGUUCCGACCUCAGCAACCAAAGCCCGGCAACUGUCCCACCUCCACGCACAACUGGCCCAGCUCACAGCCCAUAUGUCCGACCUCGAGAACUUGCUGCGGAUGACUGCUGUACAAGCGGAGGGUAUGCGAGGUCUCGGAGGUUAUUGCGGUGGAAUGUUCAUGGCAGCGUCGAAAGUCCUAGGGGAGGAGACAGUGAGCGGAAACGACGCAGUGGGAGCAAACUCUAGUGGGAAGCAGGGCGAGAAGUGA